AUGCAAUCUUAUGUUAAUUUUUGGGUUGAAAGAAGUAAACAAAUAAGAAAGAGUAAAAGAAAAAGGACUGUUGCGGUGCAAAUGAAAAAUGAAAUCUUACCCAUAAAGACUAUUGGAAAUAUAGAAUCAUUGAUGUCCAAUGAUAAAGAUGAAUCGAAAGACGAUCUUGAAGUGAAGAUAGGAAUUGAUAAUGAUAAUAACAAUAUGAAUGAUGAUGUGAAACUGAUGUUAAUGUUAAAGCAACGCUGA